ACUAGAGAAGAAGACAAAAAUCAAGAUGGCAAAAUGGAUCAGUUGCAUUUUAAAUUGGAACUUCCGCUACAACCUACAGAGGAUGUAGUUGGUGUUCAGCUGAUUCUACUCUUUUCCUACGAGCUUUAUAGAAUGUCAACACUUGUGAUGCAGAGCAUGGCUUUUCUUCAGUUUUUUUCUCCUGUGCCAGGGUCUCAGCUCUAUAUGAAUGGAGACCUGAAACUGAACCAGAAGCAAUUACUUAACCAUUGUGGACUGGAUACCAGAUACAAUGUGUCUGUGGUCAAUGGCACAAGUCCUUUUGCGAGUGACUAUGAUCUAACAAACAUCAUUGCAGCAUAUUGGGAUAGAAAUGUGACAACAGUCUUUUCAGAUCCCAACCCUGUCUGGAUGACUGGAAGAGCAACAGAUACACCAUUUAUCAUUAAUGCCACUAUUCAUUACCCAAUGGAAGUUAUUAAAUAUCAGCCAGGAUUUUGGGAAAUUAUUAAAUUUGCCUGGAUGCAGUAUGUCAGCAUUCUCCUUAUCUUUCUUUGGGUGUUUGGUAGGAUUAAAAUGUUUGUGUUCCAGAAUCAGGUGUUGACUACAACUCCAAUAUCACCAGUUCUGCCGGUGUCUCCAGUACUGUCCUACAAACAGCACCAGUCCUGAGGAGAUGCCUGAGAACACUUUAAAGAAAUGCAGUUCAAAAAUAAAUACCUGCUUUUAUUCUCUAUGCAGUUUUUACUUUGUAAGAUCAGAACUUUGUAAGUAUGUUCCAAGUAUGUUCUGUUUGUGCUUCCUUUUUAAAAUACAUGUUCAUUCAUCUGUUUCUCUGGGAACACUGCUUUGGGACUGAAAAUUAAUAUUUUUGUCAGUUAAAGAAGAACCUAGGGUUUUUUGCAACUGGAACAUGCUUCAAAAACCACCUUGAAGACUGAAAAUAAUAUGCUAACAGUAACAACAUAAGCCAUUUUUACUGUCUUGUAAAUUAAUUACUGCUGAGUUAGAGUUCUGUCAAGAGCUAUUUGUACAUGCAUUUAUAUGCACUAUGAAAGGAAUGUGGAAAAAAGUAUGGAUGAGUUCGUGUCAGAGCCACACUUCUGUAACUGUGGCUGUAUGUGCUCACUGGUUUAGUUAUUAAAUUGGAUGAUGGAUAAUUCAAGCUUGAUGUGAGAAA